AUGGCAAGUGAACCAGUGUUACGGUGUAGUGAAUGUAACAUGAUGUUCAAGUCUCGAACUCUCCUGGCCAAACAUCGCAGUAAAUUCUGUGUUGGUGGAGUGAUAGGAGAUCCUCGGCAACUGAUGAGAAUGAGAACUGCUGAGGAAGAGAAGAGACCAAAACAACAUGUGGAAGAACGACCCCAGUCAGAUGGAUUUUUAAGUAGUCAAAAGGUACAAGAGCUGCAGGAUCUUAAGAACAGACGGUCCAGGUUGCGUGCCUCUCAGUAUCUGGAAGAAAAGAUGCUGCUAGGAGACCUGGAGUAUCUAGAAAGACAUCAGCUGUCUCCAAAACUAUCUCAGUUACAACCUUCCACAGAGCUCAGAGAUCUGCAGAGGGAGUAUGCAGUGUUGAGAGAGAAAGAAAACAAAUUAAAAGAAGACAUUAAUCAGCUUGAGAGCCCUAGGAACCACUUGCGUGAUGCCCAUCAGCGCCAGAUACGUCUACUGGCAGAGGAUCAUGGGAAACAACUGGCAGACAUUAAAGCAAGGAACAGUGACUUAGAGAGACAGAAAGAAGACAUCAGGCGAAGGUUGGAAGAAUUGGGCAGGAAGAAUAACAUCCGACCUCAGGCUCCUCAAGUUGACAUGACACAGAAAUUGAUAAGUGAACUGAAAGCUCAAGAAGACAAAAAUCAGAAAACCCUCCAGGAACUAAAAAGACAGCUCAGUGAAAUACAUAAAUCUGGGUACAGUCCCCGGGGCCAAGGUAACAAGUUCCAACCUGUCAACAUUCCUUAUUAUGGAAAUUCUUUGAUGGCAGAAAUUGGAGCUAUGCGGCAGGCCUACUUGCAGAGUGGUGGCAAUGACCCAGCAGUUCUGGCUCAGAUGGCUGACAUGCAGGCAGAGGCUCAGGCUCUGGAGGAACAGAACUCCCGCAGCAGAGAAGCCAGUAAACCAAAGACCAAACCAAAUGUUCUUUGUUUUCUCUGUACCAGAGGUGUGCUGACCCCAGGAGAGAGUAAGACCCUGGGGUUCCAGGUGGGCCAUGUGAAGGGUGCAGAUCAAGGUUUGGCCAAGGUGCGACUGGCAGCAUAUCACAUCCACUCUGGGAAAAUUGUCCAGUCUGUCACAGGGCCAGUAACUUGCAGCACCAGUAGUGUAGGAGCUGACUUCAAGUACAAGUAUCACGUCUUUGGGCAGCAAGAGGCCAUAUUCCAAGGAGUAAACAUUCAGCCUGAUAUAGUGAUCAUUGCUAGAGUGUAUCUGAGUAAGAAUGAUCUCCAGAGAAGGAGGACGGGAGAUGAUGACGAUGACUCACAUUUUGAUGAAAGUACUCUGGUUGCCUGGGGGGCAGUGCCUCUAGUUGUCACCAGUGGCAGGAGGAGUGAUAUGUAUAGCAGUUAUCAUAGAAGUAACAUCAACCAGUCCACUGUGAAUACUGGCACACACACAGUGCUGCUGUAUGAGCCUCCAGUACCAGAGACAGACACUUUCUCCCUGGAGAUGGGAUGGAAGCCCCAGGGAGUUAGGAGGUUCAGACGAGCCACAUUACGGCUUAGACUGUUCCAUGGAAAACCCCGCCCUGGCUCCCUCACACCAAGUGAAGCAUCAGACCAAGAAGAUGAUACUCUGCCUAAGAAUGCUUGGCUACCAUGCAAGAGGAGCUCACCUCCAAGUGAACCCUACAAUCAAGACCAGGGAUUUGAUAUUUACAUAGAUGCAUGCAAAAAUAUGCCAGAUGGUGUCACAUUUUCUAAGGUUGCUGGUAGAAUCCUCAGUAGAGACGCUGGUAGUUUCUUUGGUGCUGAUGUGGACGCUGCAAUUAAGAUAACCAGUGAUGACAUUUACAAUCCUGUGUAUAACUAUAGGCUAGAGAUGAGGGACCCAAACAUCUCACCUACAGCUACAUUAUUACUAAAGAUCUAUACACGUGAGAGAUUUGUGGAAGACCAUCCCUUAGUCAAUGCUUAUGCAGUUCUCAACAUUUUUGUUGAAUCUGGAACUGAGACUCAGCCAGAAGAUGACAAUACUGAUGCCCAGAUCUCUCUGAAUGAGGGUGCCCACCAGUUGCGUCUAUAUUUCAGUGGACCUCAGGCAGGGGAACCAAUUACAGGCUCAUGCCUACACGACACAGCUGCGGGAUACAUUUCUGGGGCCACUAUCUUGGUUAGAUUGGUCAGCGCUGCCUUAGAUAGCAAUGGUCAACCUCUUGAGAUAGACCAGGUCCCUCAAACUGACUGGGAAGGUCUUGGUCUCUGGGUGCCUGCUCCAGCUUACAGUAGUAGAGUUUAUCUAUCAAUGUCAUGUGAACCAGGCCCGCAGGAAGUCUCCAUUCUCCAGGUGUUGGCGCAGAGGACACCCAUCACAGCACAGAAGUCCAUAGAACUGGUGGCAGAGCAGAGAGAACUAAGAAACCUGAGGACAGAGGAUAGCAUAGCCAACUUCAUCACUGAGCAGCUAAUCAAACCUCCGGGAGUACAGCCAUCAGACAUGCAUCCUGCCUAUGUAGUGCCCUACAGCCCAAAACACGGCAUUAAGGUGUGUGUAGAUGGUGCUGUAAACCUCCCUUGGACCAACUUCACUCAUGCUCAGAUCUGCCUGAAUCCACCAGGAGCUUUCUACAAGGGUAACCCUCAUGCAGCUUAUGAUAAACCUGUCUUCACAGAAAAACUGAUGUUAACAAGCACCAACAAGAACCCACAGUGGGAGGAUGGGUUUAUG